AUGCUUUUCUGUUUACCGAUAAGACUUUUUCCAUGUGGGCCCGAAUGGAUUGUGACGUCCCCAAUUGAAGACUCAAAAGUGUGUGUUGCCUCCCCUCCUGAAGUUUUGCCAAGCGCCUCUCAUUUUCCUAAGCCUGACUACAACUUGACGCCUGUUACAGUCUAUGAUAUAGCUGCCAUUGUUUAUUUUGCCCCUUGGAGCAUGGCAAUAUGUGAGAUGGAUCCCUACACUCGACCAUCACAUACACACUUUAAAGUGGCGGCUUCAAGUGUACCUCUCUUACACAGUUGUGUGAUUGAGUAA